AUGCGUCGCCCCCGAGUAAAGGGAGGACUUCAUGGGGAUGACAAUGAUAUUAUACGAUCAGCGACAGAGAUUAAUGAAGCUGGAAUCCAGUUCAAGAAAAGUAAAAUUAAGAGCCUGAAAGAAAUCUCAUUCCAUCGUGGGGUCAUAGAGCUUCCUGUCAUUGAGGUAGAUGAUACCACCGAGGCAACCUUUCUGAAUCUGAUGGCCUUUGAGCGCUUCCAUGUUGGUGCAAGCAAUGAGGUAACAUCUUAUGUCUUCUUCAUGGACAGUAUCAUUGACAAUGAGAGGGACGUUGCCCUCCUAAACUCGAGAGGAAUUAUCCAGAACGCUAUUGGAAGUGACAAAGCUGUCGCUAAACUGUUCAACUCUCUCUCUAAGGACAUUGCGUUGGAAUCCAACAGUAACCUCCAAGUGGUGCAAAUGCAUGUCAAUGCUUACUGCAAGAAGCCUUGGAAUGCGUGGCGUGCCAAUCUCAUUCACACCUAUUUCAGAAAUCCUUGGGCUAUUCUGUCUGUUAUUGCUGCACUCAUCCUCUUUGCCCUCACUAUUGCUCAAACUGUAUAUUCUAUAGUACCUUACUACAGGUCAAAUAACUCUACAUCGCUCUCUCCUCCUAUGGUUUUUGCGGCUCCCCCUCCCCUUUCAACUCCUCCUCCUAUGCAUCCUCCAAAACUAUCACGCCGCCAUUGA